AUGGAAACCAUUCUUUUAGUAUUUUGAAUCCUUAUCAAUUGCUUAUUAGCAUACCGAGAGCUUCGAGUUAUUAAAGAGUGCCCAUUUUUUAUGCUAAAUGAUCAUAUAUCUAUACUAGAAACAGGCUCUUUUCAGCCAUGACUUUCUUCAAAUGCCACAUCAAUUUCAAAAUUAUUUUCAGACUCUGAAUUUAUUUAUAAUCUUAUAGCACCUCACCUUCGAGAUGAAGAAAAAUGCGCUCUUCAAGAUCAAGAAAAGCUUCAAAUAAUGUUUCCAUCAGCAAUCUGGUUGCCGGAAAAAGAAAAAUUCCUUACGAUUGUAAGAAGAAGUAUAAUAGUGGCGUUGACAGUAGACACACUUCGAGGUGCACUCCCUUUGUAUAGACAGUUAGGACUUUUUCAGCACCAGUACACUGGCUAACUGCUUCCAACUAGUAAUAUAUUCUGAUAACCUUCUAAUUGGAUAAUAGGCUACUGGUUGAGAACAAUUAGCCAGUGUACUUGAAGCUCAAAAAUCUUAACAUAUUAUAACAAGGAAGACCCAUCCCUAUGUCCUUAAAGCUGAGUGUCUAUGCCACUAUGAAUAAGCAAUAAGGUCUGCGUAUAAUUUGUCAAAAAUGGAAGUUUUGUUUUCUUCCGAAUGUUUCCUAUUCCUGUAAUAUGACUAGCCAAAUUUCGCCUUUUUCAUAGUCUUUGUCUAUAUGGAUAGCAGGGCAUCCUGAUAGAGGAUUCCUCUGAUAUAGGAAAGCUGAUACUUAGGUAGGUAAGCUUUGACAGAAAAUUCAGAGGUAAAAUUUUGAUUGGGUCGUGCAUAUGCAUCCAAUGCAGACUACUCUUCCUGUAAUAGAAGCGGUCUGCAAGUGACUAUCCACUUAUGGUCGCGCAAAAUCUUUAUAUUUACUUAUAAUUGUAAGACUUCGGAUUAACCAAAGAAUAAGUGUUUUAUAUGCCAGUUUCUACGAUUCUGAUUGAAAUGAAGUCAAUACUGAAGAAAUGAUAGGAGUUACACUGGUGCCUGGAAUUUUGAUUAUUGAAAUUCCAGAAUCAGAAAUCUGAAAUUCAGGACCAGAAGAUCCUAGAAUUUUUAAGGCUGGGAAUUUUUUUUUAUGUUUAUUAGAUUACUCACCUUCUUCUUCGAUUUAGAUUUUUUUGGUCUUAGCUUGAACAGGUAGCUCUGAUUAACGGUAGUUAAGACUGGCAUAACCGCCGACCUACCAGCUACCAAGUACCUUAGGACCUCUCUAUCCACACCAUCCUCAGUGUAGAUCUUCUUAUCUUGAAGCCAAAACCCUCAAGAAGUCAUGAACCUCUCUCACUGAGUACAGUAUGUCGAACCGUAAUCCUACCCCUAAUUGCCAUAUUAAAUUGUGGGGUUGGGAAUGAAAUUUAUGUUGCUUAUAAUAUGCUGGAUAUUGAUAGGAAAAGAAAAAUGUGGCUUUAUAAAUUUUCCAAUGGAUUUUCUUACCCAUUGUCAAUGAAAAUACAUAAAGUGUUGAAGUUUUAUAAUGAAAAAAAUUGAACACCGUUUAUGAUGACAAGACAAAUCUCGAUUAACUCUUUUAGUCCCUUCUUCUUCAAGCCUACGUCAGCUCUGAACAACAAGUAGGCGUUACACGACCAUUAAAAAUUCCUUCACUCCAGCCCAAUCAGGACUCUCUAUCAAGCUACCCAGCACAACUGGAUAUUCUUUUAUUGCCUAGGACCCUCAAGGAAUUACGGUUUAUUUCACUGAGUUGAGAAUAAGGGAACUGCUCUAUCUUGGACCUACCAUUUUAUUGUGAUGUUACCGUUUAUAAUUGACAAUGAGCAUCUUUAUUUUAUUUACAACUAUAAAAAUUUUCAAGUAAUCGACUGCACUGAUUUAACACAGCCAUGCACAGAAAUUUCAGGCAAAUAUUUCAGAUUUCCUGGUGGCUUAAGAGGUGGAUCUCCCUAUACACAAUUUCGAUCCACAAAUUAUUAUAUUUCUUUCGCUUACACACAUAUAGAAUACUCCAAAUCCUCUCAUCAUUGUAGCAUUUAUCGCCCAGCUCUGACAAUUUCCAAAGUUUCCAAAAAUCCUUUAAAGUUUGACUUAGUCUAUACAAGUGAGCCCCUGGAUUUCAAAGGAAAGUUAUUUAUAGAGCCAAUUACACGUAUAAAGAGUUUUGAAGAUAUCAAUCUUUGUGGAGAUGGAAGAAUUAUGAUGGCUCUUUCAAUUUCUAGGUGAAAUUAUAAUAAAGAUAUAUACCCUACAAAUAUCAGUAUUCUUUCGAUUUACCAUUAUAUUGGUAUUUUAGCUUAUUAAUUGUUUAAGGCAAUAGUAGACAUCACAUUUAGCUUGAAUGAUACAAUUUCUGUUGCUGCGGAGGUUUCAGGAUUGACGAAGCUAGUAGAUGAAAUUAUUUGAUGGUAUGAGUAUAAGAGGCUACCAAAAGAUAAUAAAUGUGCAGAGAGGCUAGCGUAUAUACAUUUUGGCAUACCAAACCCUGAAAGAGAUGGGGAUAAAGUAGAGUAUGUAGAUUCAUAUUUUAUUGUUGAUUGGGAAUAA